UGAGAAAAAAAAAUGUUGUUGAGAAAUUUGAUAAAGCUAAUAUCCAGAGUUAUAAACAUACUUACACAAAGUUACCAGAAUUAAUGGGCCAUUGUCAACCUGUUAAAACCGGAAGUCACUAAACUUGAAAGUGGGUCAAACCUCUUAUUCAGCCACAAACAUCAUGCAGGGAGAAAAAAAGAACUUAAGGUUGUUUGUCAUGAAAGAAACAUUUACUGUACUAAUUAGUGCAACUGCCAAACAGACGAUUUGCAGCUCACUGAUAAAUUCAAACAUGGAAUUGUCAGUGGACACUGCAAUGGUACCUUGGCCAGAUCCAUAUCGCCCGCUUCAUCUGGAGCCCUUGACCUGGAUUGAUCAAUUGCUUGUCUACAAAGAACCUCAUCCGGAUGAAUGUUUUGACGAAGUCUGCUGUGGAAUAAAGCCCGACAACAGAUAUAAGGUCAAGGAUGACGUCGGGAACGUUCUUUUUAGUAUUCUUGAGGACAGUGAUUAUUGUAGCAGGCAUUUCUAUCAAGGACGUUCCUUCAUAAUGAAUGUUAUUAAUGAAUCUAAUAAAGAGGUCAUCAGACUGGUGCACCCAUUUGUUUGCGGCAGCUUCAGUCAUGAGCUGGAGGUUCAGUCUCCACCAGGCUUUACCAUCGGACAUGUUCGACAAAACUGGCAUGUUUGCCUGCCUAAAUUCACAGUUGAGAAUAAACGAGGUGAACCAGUCGUUGAGAUUGCAGGACCUUUUUUACCUCUUACCUGCUGCAUGGAUCAGAACUUUAAGCUAGUGUCUUUGAACGGAACAGCGACAGACGAACCAUUUGGCAAGAUCUUCAAACCCUUCUCAUGCAGUGUACUAAAUACAGGUGCAGAUUUUGUGCUGAGGUUUCCAAGUGACCUGGAUGUCAAAAUGAAAGCUACACUGUUGGGGGCCUGCAUACUUAUUGACUUCAUGCAUUAUGAUAAGCCAAAACAACCGAUACUAUGUCUACUGAAGUAUUUAUCCCCUUUGUCUGUUUAUGCUCUGUUUACACUCAAGUAAACACACAUCAAGAAGACAACAAGGUAACACAUCAUUUUCUGUUUUGGAUACUAGGCCUACUUCAGAAAGAAGACUGAAGGAAGACAAAUGUCAACAGACUGCUCGCCAAAUUAUCCUCCAAUAAAGGCUGACGAGAAAAGAAUGAUAGUUACCGUGCCAAAAAUUACUUUUUAAUAUUGCUUCUUGCAAAAAAAAAAAAAAAAAAAAAAUCACAUUGCAAAUGCUGUUAAAGUUGCUAAAAUCUACCAUCUCUUUUUCUGAGGCAACAAAUCUUAAGUUUUAUUAUUUUGUUUUGUAAACUCCUUAAAUUUGAAAGUGACAAAUAACAUUAUCACUUUUUAAAAUAUAUAUAUACAUAUAUAUAUAUAUCCAGCUUGUGGAUCUCUCUUAUUGAAAGGUGCCUCUGAGGUUGCAUGUGUUAUCUGGAAGUGAAGCAAACACAGCAGUAACCACAAACACCAACUGCUUCUCUGUAGUUGCUUGUGUUGUAAAA